UUAAAGCAUUCGGUUUGAAAUCUAGGCCCUGGGAAAGUUGGAGGUUCGUCUCCGUUCUCUAUUUCUCAUGAAACCUUGUGCAACUGAGUUAGCAACCCUAAUAAGCCGAGCUCUGAUCUCCGCCUCGAAUCGUACGAAACCUACUCGGACAUGGACUCCUUCGCUGGAGCAGACGCUCCACCGGCUCGGUUGCCGCGAUUCGCUCACUCCACCACUUGUAGCUCGAGUCAUAGAUCCCUUCCUCCUCACCCACCACUCACUUGCACUCGGUUUCUUCAACUGGGCCUCUCAACAACCUGGGUUCUCCCACACUUCUCUCACCUACCAAUCAGUCCUCAAGUCUCUCUCUCUUUCUCGCCAGUUCAAUGCCAUUGAUACUCUCUUAAAGCAAGUCAGAGCCCAGAAGAUUAAUCUAAGUUCUUCGGUUUACCGUUCGCUGAUUGCUUCAUUGAUCAUAGGAAAGAAGACCUACAAUGCCUUUUUGGUAUUUAGCGAAGCAAGCUCGGUGAUUCCAGAAAUUGGUUCUGAAGUAUGUAAUUCUCUUUUGGCUGCUCUUGCUUCUGAUGGGUUUUUGGAAUAUGCAGAAACGGUGUUCAAUAAAAUGGUUGUUAAAGGUGUUUCUUUUAACACUCUUGGGUUUGGUGUGUUUAUAUGGAGGUUUAGUAAAAAUUUUGAGAUUGAUAGAGUGUUAAGCAAGUUGGAUGAGGUCAGGAGAGGUAAUUCAGAGAUUAACGGAUCGAUUAUUGCGGUUUUGAUUGUUCACGGGCUUUGUCAGGCGUUGAAAGUGUCGGAGGCUAAUUGGGUUUUGGAUGAGCUGAGGAUUAGGGACUGCAAACCUGAUUUCAUGGCGUAUAGGAUUGUCACGGAAGGGUUUAGGGCAAUAGGAAGUGUGGUUGAUACUGAGAAGGUUUUGAAGAAGAAGAGAAAGCUUGGGGUAGCUCCCAGGGCUGGUGAUUAUAGAGAGUUCAUAUUUGCGCUGGUUUCAGAAAGACGGAUCUGGGAAGCGAAAGAAUUGGGUGAAGUGAUUGUUGGUGGGAAUUUCCCAAUCGAGGAUGACGUGCUUAAUGUGUUAACAGGAUCAGUUUCAGCCGUCGAUCCCGAUUCUGCCAUUGUGUUUUUCAAGUUCAUGGUUGGAAAAGAGAGAUUUCCUACACUUUUGACUUUGACCAAUUUGAAUAGGAAUCUUUGCAAGCAUGGGAAGAGUGAUGAGUUGUUGGAAAUUUUGCGCCUUCUGUCUCUUAAUGAUUACUUUAAAGAUGUAGAGAGUUACAAUGUGAUGGUUUCAUUCUUGUGCAAGGCUGGCAGGGUCAGAGAAGCCUAUGGGGUUCUUCAGGAGAUGAAGAAGAAAGGAUUCGGACCAGAUGUCUCAUCUUAUAACUCUCUGAUGGAAGCGUGCUGUCGGGAAGAUCUAUUGCGUCCUGCUAGAAAGCUGUGGGAUGAGAUGUUUGCAAGCGGGUGUGGCGGGAAUUUAAAAACUUACAACAUUCUAAUUCAGAAGUUCUCAGAAAUAGGUCAAGUAGAGGAGGCUCAGAGGCUCUUUCACCACAUGCUGGAGAAAGGAGUGGUACCCGAUGCUACAACUUACACGUCCCUCAUUGGAGGCCUCUGUAGAGAAACAGAGUUAGAAGCUGCCCUUAAAGUCUUCAACAAGUCUGUUAAACAGGAUGUGGUUCUUGCACAAACCAUAUUGAGUACAUUUGUUCUAUCUUUAUGCAAAGACGGUCAUUUUAUAGCUGCUUCUAAGUUGCUCCGUGAUCUCACCUGUGAUAUAGGACAUUCAGACUCCCAUAUAAUUUUGCUAAAAUGUCUGGCUGAUUCUAGAGAGUUUCCCAUUGCCAUUGAGCACAUAAAAUGGGUCGAAAAAUCUUCCCCUUCAACGUUGCAAGUAAUAUAUGCUGAACUUUCGGUAUCACUUUCUUCAAAAUCAGAGCCAAUUUUACAGUUGCUUCAAACAAUACCGGAAUGUCUAAUAUACCGCGAUGAUGAUACUUGGAAGACUCUCUGAAUGUGAGGCUUGAAGAUUAAUGCCCCAUUCUAUUGGGGAUUCAUUCGGAGUGAAAAAGUCUGGCUCCAUCUUUUCCCCUUCUCCCUUCCGAUUAUUACAUAGGUCUCUAUCAUCCGUAGAACUGGAAGGCUAAUAACAAAAAUGUUGCAAUUACAAAAGGAAAUACCUGUAGACAUUGUGGAUAGCAUUCUGUAAUUUGUUACCUGCUGUUUGACGCUCCGAAAAUAGUGUGUUAUUACACAAACAGCCGAAGCCACUGAUGCGCCAAACGCGGUGUCAAUCGUCCUCAAUAUUCAUGGAUCCGUUUGUAAUCUGAUGAGGAAAAAGUAGAACAUGGACCAAACGCUGAAACCUCUGAUGGGCAACAUUGCUCUUGUAAAUCAUGAACUCUGGCCUCUAAAUGGACCGUGUAUGAUAACACCCUCGUCAAUCAUAUGCAAUCCAUAUAAAUAUACUGUUGUAUUCUUUGUAA